AUGGCCGAGGGCACAUUCUCUGCCUCUGGUGCCGAUGUCAUCUCUCGUCAAAUCGAAAUAGAGGGUACACCCUCAAAUCGCUCCCGAGCGGAGCUGGAAGAUUUCUUCGAUAUCAAGCGGACGAUAGCGAGUAUUCUUGCAGGAGAUUACAAACGAAUUGCUCUCCAAUUUCCGGAUGAACUUCUUCAUGAGUCGGUGCCUAUUUAUCGUCAGUUGAAAGCUGGCCUUGGGGCCAGCAGAGAACUCUAUGUGCUGGCGGAUACUUCCUACGGCAGCUGCUGUGUAGACGAGGUCGCUGCGCAACAUGUUGAGGCAGACGCAGUUGUUCACUAUGGUUAUGCGUGCAUGAGUUUGACUUCCCGUUUACCAGUCAUCUAUCAAGUUGCGACUAUUUUCCAAGGCACAAGUGCGAUUUUGAAGUAUGAUGUUGGCUAUUCCCAUCAGGCUGAAAAUAUUGCUACAGCUUUACGAAAAACCCUAAAGAUCUCCGUCUAUUCCCAACAACUCGAUCUUGUUUCUCCGCCUUCGCAAACACUACGUGAAGAUGAUUCUGACAGAGAUGAAGUGUCUAGUAUCAUCUAUAUCGGAGGAGAGAGUCUGGGCUUAACGAAUUUGCUCAUGACGCACUCACAAUCUCUAGUUUACUCCUACGAUCCUACCUCGCGAAUGGCUCGCAUAGAAUCCUCCCGUACCAACCGCCUACUUAUGCGCCGUUAUGUCGCUGUCCAAAAAGCACGCGAUGCUGACGUGUUUGCGAUUCUCGUUGGCACUCUUGGCGUCGCCUCAUACCUUCCACUCAUCAAACAUCUCCGCGCUAUUCUUUCCCGUGCACACAAAAAAAGCUACACCAUUAGUGUCGGCAAGCUCAACCCAGCUAAACUCGCCAACUUUAUGGAAGUCGAAUGCUUCGUACUCGUUGCCUGCCCCGAGAACAGCAUCGUUGAAGCCAAGGAGUUUUUGCGUCCGAUAAUCACACCGUUCGAGCUGGAAAUCGCUCUUCAAUCCGAACAAAGCUGGACAGGGAAAUAUGUGCUGGACUUCGGGAAACUGUUGGCCGAGAGCAGCAGUUCAGCAGAGAGUCCGGCAGAUCCUGCCGACCCCGACCAGCCUGUUUUCUCUGUCGUAACAGGAAAAUACAGACACAUGAAACGAUUCGGUGAUGACACAAGGAAACCCGCAGAGGGUGACCUCGAAGCGCCAUCUUCCUCGUCGUCCUCCCUGGUUGUGCGGAAUCAAGACACGACUUUGGCCCUCGCAGACAGUGCGGGAGCACAAUUCUUUCAAGAGCGAACUUUCCGCGGACUUGAGGCACGUAUUGGGCAAGAUGCCCCAAGUAUUCUAGAGCAGGGACGAAGUGGGAUUGCGAGGGGUUACGCGGAUGAUCACAACUAG